AUGAAGUUCUCCACCACCACCACCACCACGCUCCUCCUCUUCAUCGGCGCCACCGCAGCCACCGCCUCGCACCCCCUCGCAAAACACGGCCCCCGCGCCAUGGCGGCAUACGACAACAUCCUCGCGCUCGCGGAAGCCGCCGCGCUCGAAGCGCGCGCCGCCGGGCCAGGGCUCACGAAGAGGAACAAGUGCGAUAACCACUGGAGCCCGUGCUGCGACGAGAACACGCAUUGCGAGUCGGAGAGCGCUUGCUAUGAUCGCUGUGCUGGCGGUCUGGAUGCGGCGGGGUGUGUUGCUGGGUGUGCGGUGGCUUGUCCGUCGACGCCGGAGUGCUAG